UGAAAAAAAUUUAUAUAUGAAAUUAUUGGAGAGGAAAAAAAAAAAAGAAAAAGGAAUACAUAAGUUAAUAAAGAGUAAAUAUGCAAUAAUCAAAACAACACACAGCACCACAGCAACAGCAACAAUGACAAAUUAUGAGAAUUUAUUAAAUUUACCAUUAAAUUUUAAUGGAAACAAUGACAAGAAUGUGUGUAGUACGGCUGAUGGUUUAGCCAAUUCCAAUUCAACACAUGAUGCCAUAAAAAUGUCACAACGCGAAUUCUCUGAGAACGAACCUGAAUGCAAUCCUGAAUUGCCAGCAGCUAAUCGUGCCUUAUUUCUUGAAAAAGUCCGUCAAUCAAAUGCUGCUUGCCAGAAUGGAGAUUUCGCCACAGCUGUUGUUCUCUACACCGAUGCUCUGCAAUUGGACCCCGGCAAUUAUAUAUUAUAUAGCAAUCGUUCGGCUGCCCGUCUUAAACAGGGCCAAUUUGCUUUGGCUUUGCAAGACGCUACUAAAGCUCGAGAAUUAUGCCCACAAUGGCCAAAGGCUUAUUUUCGUCAAGGUGUUGCAUUACAGUGUCUUGGUCGUUAUGGAGAGGCACUGGCUUCGUUUGCCGCUGGGCUGGGACAAGAUGUCCAAAAUAAACAAUUAUUGGCAGGUUUACUUGAAGCUUCUAUAAAAAGCCCCUUGCGUCAUGCUCUAGAGCCGACAUUUCAACAGUUGCGUGCCAUGAAUUUGGAUCAAUCGCCGUUUGUAGUGAUAUCGGUUGUAGGUCAAGAAUUACUUCAAGCCGGUCAAUAUCAUUCAGCCGUGACGGUAUUGGAAGCUGCGCUACGCAUAGGUUCAUGCUCUCUAAAAUUACGCGGUUCAGUCUUCAGUGCUCUCAGUUCAGCUCAUUGGGCCUUAAAUCAAUUGGAUAAAGCUAUUAGUUAUAUGCAACAAGAUUUAGCGGUGGCUAAAAGUCUGGGUGAUACAGCAGGUGAAUGUCGGGCUCAUGGCAAUUUAGGUUCCGCCUAUUUUAGUCAAGGUUCUUAUAAAGAAGCUCUCACAGCGCACCGUUAUCAACUAGUAUUGGCUAUGAAAUGCAAGGAUACUCAAGCGGCAGCCGCAGCUUUAACUUCUUUAGGGCAUGUUUAUACAGCGAUCGGAGAUUAUCCCAAUGCAUUAGCCAGUCAUAAACAAUGCGUACAAUUGGUUAAGCAGAUGGGAGAUCGUUUACAAGAAGCUCGAGAAAUCGGCAAUGUUGGAGCCGUGUAUUUAGCCAUGGGCGAAUUCGAUUCGGCUGUUGAUUGUCAUACGCAGCACUUACGGUUAGCUCGUAAAUUAGGCAAUCAAGUGGAAGAAGCUCGUGCUUAUUCGAAUUUAGGCUCCAGCCAUCAUUACCGUCGAAAUUUUUCGCAAGCUAUUACCUUCCAUGAACAAGUACUACGGAUAGCUCAACAACUCGGCGACCGUAACAUUGAAGCUCGUGCUUACGCAGGUUUAGGUCAUGCAGCUAGAUGUGCCGGCGAUUUUGUUCAAGCCAAAAAAUGGCAUGAGAAGCAAUUAGAAAUGGCUUUAGCCGCCCGUGAUAAGGUAGGCGAAGGACGUGCUUGCUCAAAUUUGGGCAUAGUUUAUCAGCUGCUGGGAGAGCACGAUGCCGCUUUAAAACUACAUCAAGCCCAUUUGACAAUAGCUCGCCAAUUACACGAUCGUGCUGGCAUGGGUCGCGCCUACGGUAAUAUUGGCAAUGCCUAUUCCUCGGCUGGGUUAUAUGAAGCAGCCAUUAAAUAUCACAAACAGGAAUUAACCAUUAGCAAAGAGGUCAACGAUCGCAGCGCAGAAGCAUCCACUCACGGCAACCUCGCUGUAGCCUAUCAAGCUCUCGGUGCUCAUGAUAUGGCUCUUAUUCAUUACCGAGCUCACCUGAAUAUAGCACGUGAACUUAAAGAUACGCAAGGUGAAGCCUGCGCUUUACUAAAUCUUGGUAAUUGCUUGAGUUCACGUCAGGAGUUUGCCCAAGCUGUACCCUACUACGAGCAAUAUUUAAUGUUAUCACAAGAAUUAGGCGAUGUAAUAGCUGAAGGAAAAGCUUGCCAUUUUUUAGGAUACGCUCACUAUUGUAUUGGCAAUUAUCGUGAAGCUGUUCGUUACUACGAUCAGGAUUUAGCUUUGGCUAAGGAUUUGCAAGAUAAAAUGAAUAUGGGCAGAGCUUACUGUAAUUUAGGUUUGGCGCACUUAGCUUUAGGGAACACGCAAGCGGCCUUAGAAUGCCAAAAAUAUUUUUUGGCUGUAGCUCAUAUGACCAAUCAUUUGCCGGGGAAAUUUCGUGCCCUUGGCAACAUUGGAGAUAUAUUGAUCCGCACUGGAGAAAUAGAAGAAGCCGCAAAAAUGUAUCAACGCCAAUUGACGUUGGCUCGACAAGCUCGUGAAAGAUCAAUGGAAGCAGCAGCGUGUGGAGCUUUAGGUUUAGCUCAUCGUUUAGUGAAAAAAUAUGAUAAAGCAUUGGGUUACCAUACACAAGAGUUGACAUUACGCCAAGAAAUGUCUGAUUUGCCAGGCGAAUGUAAAGCUCAUGGCCACCUGGGAGCCGUGCAUAUGGCUCUGUGCAGUUACACUCACGCCGUUAAAUGUUACCAAGAGCAAUUAGAGCGAGCUCAAGAGUUACAAGAUUCUGCUAUUGAAGCUCAAGCUUACGGUAAUCUAGGAAUAGCCAAGUUAAAUAUGGGCCAUUAUGAAGAAGCAAUUGGUUAUUUGGAGCAACAAUUAGGUACCCUGGAAAGAGUCAAUCUGCCCACCACUCAACAUGAUAGAGCUCGAGCUUUGGGUCACCUAGGCGAUUGUUACGACGCUUUGGGAGACUAUGAAGAGGGAAUUAAAUGCCAUGAACGUCAUUUACAACUAGCAACUACAUUACAAAGUUUUCGUGACCAGGAGAGAGCCUAUCGUGGUUUAGGCCAUAGUCAUCGUGCCUUAGGUAAUUUACAGGAAUCUUUGGUUUGCCUAGAAAAACGUCUAGUAGUGGCACAUGAACUAGGUAAUCCCGAAGUUAAGGCCGUCGCUUACGGUGAUUUAGGCAAUAUUCAUUGCGCUCUUGGAAAUCAUGAACAAGCGGUCAACUGUUUGGAACAUCAACAGGAGAUCGCUCGGGAGCUGGGCGAUCGUACGUUAGUAUCUGAUGCUACCAGUGCUUUAGGUAACGUCUACCGGCGCAUGGGUGACUACGAUGGUGCCCUAAAACUACAUAAAAUGGAUUUGGAGAUGGGUGAACACUUAAGUGCCAAUUUUAUGCAAGCUCGGGCUUGCGGCAAUUUAGGUUCAGUGUAUGAAGCUAUUCGCAGUUACGUAGAUGCGGUCAAAUUUUAUGAAAAGCAGUUGUCGCUAACUACCGAUCGUUUAAGCAAAACUUAUGCCUGCGGAUCAUUGGGACGUGUAUUCUAUCAAAUGGGUCAGUAUACGCAAGCCAUCAAUUAUUUAAAACAAGGUUUAGCUAUAGCCCAAUCUAUCAAUAAAUCGGAAGAAGAAGCUAAAAUAAGACAUCAGUUAGGUCUUGCUUUGAAAGCUUCCGGGGACAAUGACGAAGCCAGAUCUCAAAUGGAAAAUGCUGCUCAACUCUUAGAAUCAGUACGCUAUGAUCAACGUAGUCCUGAAGCUCGAAGUAGCUUAUUUGAUCUACAAACGUCUUGCUAUCAUAUAUUACAGCAAAUUUUUGUGCUUAUGCAACGUAAUGAAGACGCGUUAGUGGCAGCUGAACGUUGUAAAGCGCGCACUAGCCCCGAUACUAACAGUAUGACUCGAAAGACCACUGUUACUUGCAGCGAAAGCAUUUAUGAUAUUGUUAAUCGCACCAAAACGAAUGUUUUGUAUUUUAGCCUAGCUGGGGAUGAAUUGUAUGCUUGGUUCUUGCAACCGCUUAAGGGUAUUGUGCGUUUCCAUUCUAUAAAAAUAAGCGAGGAAACAUUGAAGAUGUCUAGUGAAAAAUUAGCAGAGCAUGCUAAGAAUGUGGAAGAUAAAGAAAGCCUAUUGGAGCGUUAUAUUAAUAUGGUGCGCGAUAACUUGGGUGUUAAUUCAGAAAGUAUAUUGCAAGAAGGUGAUGGCAGUGGCUGGCGUUCUAGUUCUGAAAAUCUACUGGAUGAUUUCUCGAAUGAGAGAUCUGGAUUUUUACGAAUGGUUAAUCGAAAUCACCUAAUGAAUUCGUCUAAUUACUCGCUAAGCUCUCUCUUCAGCUUGGGUUCAGUCGGAGGUUCGGUAGCAAGCUUGCAAGGCUCUACUAGAUCAAUAGGUAGUUUGCAGGGCUCCUCACGGUCCCGUCGGGCUCCCAUGUUGCCUGCUUGGCAGGGUCCUUCUUGUUUGCAUACUCUGUUUAACUUACUUUUAUCGCCGUUUGAUGAUCUUUUACCAACAGGCUGCGCAGUGUCUCGUCAAGGCCGCAAAGAACUCAUUUUGGUUUUAGACAACGAAUUAUAUUUAGUACCAUUUGCUAUAUUACGCAGUUCCAAGGAGGAGGGUGAAUAUUUGUCAGAACGUUGUUCGAUUAUUACAGUACCUUCUUUACAAUCGUUGCGUCUGAAAAGUAAAAUAAUAAGAAGCCGAGAACUAGCGGAAAAUCUUAAUACUGCGUUGGUGGUUGGUGGACCACGUAUUCCUGCUACCUUAGCUGAAACUUGGGGCUGGUCGGAGUCGCCAGCGUCCCUUCAGGAAGCAGCAAUGGUAGCUGAUAUGCUACAAGCUAAAACCUUGGCUGGGUGCAAUGCUACCAAAGAGGCAGUGAUUUCAGAACUUUCCUCUGCUGAAUGUGUGCAUUUUGCAGCCAAUCUUAGCUGGAAGUUGGGAGCGGUUGUAUUAAGUCCAGGUGAUGUGGUCGACUCCCAAACACAAAAGAGAUUUUAUCAAGCUGGAGCAAAUAGCAAAGGCCAAUGUGAACAAGAUGAUGAAACGCCAGAGCUUUCUGGUGGUAACAUGGAACUCCCUCAAUUAUCAGAUUUUAUACUGUCAGCAGCCGAUGUUUUAAAUAUGAAACUAAACGCUAAGCUGGUAGUUUUGAGUUCCUAUCACUCCAUUGAACCCAUAACAGGUUCAGGAGUAGCUAACUUGGCCGGUAGUUGGUUAUGCGCAGGAGCUGGUGCUGUUCUAAUUUCGUUGUGGCCUGUACCGGAAACAGCAGCAAAAAUUUUAUUAAGAGCCUUUUAUUCAGCUUUACUUCAGGGAGCCAGAGCUGCCAGAGCUUUAGCGGAGGCUAUGCAAACAGUGCAACAUACUAAACACUUUGCUCACCCUGCUAACUGGGCUGGAUUCCUAUUGAUCGGAGGCAAUGUUCGCUUAUCCAAUAAAGUGGCUCUAAUGGGCCACGCUCUCUGCGAGCUAAUGCGUACACCAGAUAAAUGUCGUGAUGCUUUACGCGUGUGUCUACAUUUAGUAGAAAAGUCUUUACAGCGCAUUCACCGCGGCCAGAAAAAUGCCAUGUAUACCACACAGAAAAGUAUUGAAAACAAAGCUGGCCCUGUGGCUGGUUGGAAAGAUCUUCUUAUGGCAGUGGGAUUUCGUUUCGAGCCAGCAGCCAACGGUAUACCCUCAAGCGUUUUCUUUCCCCAAGCAGAUCCUGAAGACCGUUUAUCGCAAUGUUCUGCUAGUUUGCAGGCAUUGCUUGCUCUAACGCCUUUAACUUUACAAGCGUUAGCAAAAUUAGUUAAUAGUUCGGAUAUGGCUGAUGACAUUAUAGCAGUCAUACGCAAUGUUCUAACCCAGUUUCCGUCCAAAGGUAGCCCUGACCUAGAGGCUUCUAUAGAAAUACCUCUAAGUGUAAGAUUAUGGCGCGUGGCCGGUUGUCAUGAACUUUUGGCGUCCGUAGGCUUUGAUCUUACUGAAGUCGGACAAGACCAAGUAACUUUGAGAACUGGCAAACAAGCCAAUCGCAGAACGUGUCAGUUUGUUUUACAAGCCUUAUUGGCCUUAUUUGAUACUCAAGAGGCUCCGAAAAGCUUGGGCUUAGAUUCUAGCAGUAGUUGCGAAUCUCUCGUUGAGGACAAUACAGCUGAUCUUGCUUUGACUACUUCCAAUACACCUGCCAACCAUCCUUUGAAUUCCCUAUCACAAACAAAUAUCGGUCUUAACUCGCCAGGGAAUUCAAAUAAACCUUUAAGCUUAGUGUCUUCACUGCCACCAUUACCCAUCAAUCGCUCGAGAGUGAUAAGCUCUGGUAGUUCAGCAUUCAUAUCGUAUGUUCGUCGAAGAGGUGAACCUGAUGGCGGUCGCACUGAAAGCGAAUGUCCACCAACGAGCAAUACUAGCAGUUCAACCUCGGUAGCCAUGUAUCCACAACUGGAUUCAAGCCUUAAUAAUACCACCGACAGCGAAUUGUCCGAUGGUUACAUAUCGCAAAAUCAUCUUAAUAAAUCGGUCAUUCCCCGGCUAGGUUAUUCCAGCCUAAGAGCACCAGUUAGAGUAUCACGUCCAGGAGGUGGCGGUGAAAGUGAUGCUGCCUUCACACCCAGUCCACCUGUUACUACUCAAAACCCAGUGGAUCAAAAUGUUUCACUCGCUUUGGCCCAUCAGACACGUAUAAGGAAUUUGUAUUCAGGCAGUGGAAUCGGUUACUUAGGUGAUUCGGCUAUACCCGAAAUGGGUGCAAUCCCUCCUUCUGCAAAUGCGUCGCGACGGCCAGAUAGUUCAAGUUCAGCUAGCUCUACAACCGAUUGGGAAGGUUCCGGUCAUGCUACUGUCCUUCGACGUGGAGGCCAUUUGUUGCAAAAUGCCAACCAUAUGCCACCCUUACCACCACCACGUCAAAAUAUGCCUUUAGUCGAUAGUUUAAGGCCUCUAGCUCCUAUGGCACCGGUUUAUAAUAAUUUAGGACAAAUGACUGUUUCUAAUCAAAAUCCAAUUACAACAACAACAAACAAUAAUAAUACUGAUUCCAACAGCAGCGAAUCAGAAUUUGAACGUAGUUUAAAAUUGGGGGUGCAAAUGCCAAUGUCACAUUUCCGUUUGAAGCCAAAAAUCAAAUUGGGCAAUGCUCAAUCUUCGUUGGCGGCUCGAGUUAGCAAAGAACAUGCACUUUUUAUGGAUCGUUUAAGUGUACGCACCGAAGUUAAUGGCGUUCAAGCGAACGCGGCAACUGUUAUAGCUGCUACUGCAAAUAACACAGCGGGUUGUCGUAAACCCAUUAAUUUGCCUGAAGAAGACGAUAACGCUUUAGUAUUUAAUGCUUCCAAUUUGUACUUCUCACAAGAUGAUAAUGAAUUAUUGAAUGAAGCUAAAAAGGAAAUGAAACCAAAUGCGACGGGCCUUAAUACCACACAUAUAGCCACUGACAAUCAGAUUGCCGUGGCCAAAGAGGCUGUCAAAAACAAUCAGAAAACGAUACAGGAUUCAAUAAUGCGGCAUAUGAAUCGGGAAAUGACCCCUACUAUCUCAGAAGUCUACCACGAACGUAAUUUAGGUUUGGGUUUGGCCCCACCGCUAUCAAAACUGUUACUAAGCAAAAAUUAUGAAGAAAACGAGAGCACAAAUAAAAUCAAUUCUGCUAAUACGAAUGCUUUGAAGAAUUUAGUUGAUGCUGUUAACGAAAUGGAAUUAAGUGGCAACUCAUCUACUUCUUCAGUAAGUACAGCCAACACGAAGACCUUAAAUACGCAUAAUUUGACAGCAAACGUCACCAGCUCAAUUGCCAAUAUCAAUCAGAAGGAAAUUUGUAGCAAUUGCGGUGAACCAGCCGACGUCAUAUGUCGCUGUAAAGCGGCAACAGUGCAAAAGAAGACCUCGCUAAAGCCCUGGCUAAGUAAUGUACCCUCAAGUAUUGUAAAGGCAAGUGAUUUAACUACAGCCGAUAUUCUUGAACGUCAGAGCAAAAAACGUACAGGCAAUAUGAACGAAACGUCAAGUUUGCCUUCAAAUUCAACUAUGAACACGUUAAGCAAUUUAAAACGCAUGCCCAGUCCGUUUAGUGAACUCUUACGGCGUGACGAAGGCGAUGGUCGCUCUGUAGCCGAUUCACAAUGUAGUAGUAAUUAUAAGAACAUAACUGUAGUUAAGAACAGCGGGGACAAUAAUCAGCAAACAACGAGCCUAACAAAUCGGAAAGUUUAA